AACCUUGCUUCGCUUCCGUCGGCCGAGCUCCCGUCAUGACGACGGUUUUUCUCCUCGGCCAGUUAACAUUCAAUUCCUCCGUGAAAAGGUCCUUUUUGUUUCUUCCAUUCCGCCCAACCCUCACCAUAUUCUCUUCCCUGUCAUUCUCUUCCAAAUGCAAUGCAGAGUCAAUCGCACUUCCUUCCUUACCUCUUCCCGUCCCGAAAAUGGUUCCCCACACGGUCUCUGUUCACGGGCUGACGUUGGAAGAUCCUUACCAUUGGAUGCGCGAUAUCGAUGAUCCUGAUUUUUUGGACCAUCUCAACAAAGAAAACUUCUAUGCUCAAGCUUUCAUGUCUGAUACUAAAAAUCUGCAGCAUACCCUUGUCUCUGAGAUGAAGAGCCGAAUGUCUACCAUGGUUUCCACUCCCCCUGAACGUUGGGGACCCUGGUUGUAUUACCAAUAUGUACCAGAGGGAAAGGAAUACCCAGUUCUAUGCAGGAGACUAGAAACGAGGACAAGUAAUUGGAUUAAAUAUCUUCUUUGUUAUUCCAAAGGAGGAUUUGGAAGGGAAGAAAUUCUGCUUGACUGGAAUGAACUAGCUGAAAAAUAUGGUUAUGUGCAUGUUGGUACAUGUAGAAUUUCCCCUGACCACAAUUUCCUAGCAUACACAGUUGAUGGCUCUGGCAGUGAACAUUUCAUGCUUCAAAUUAAGGAUCUCCAGAAUGGAUGUAUUGUUCCAAGUGCAUCAGUUGAUGGGGUUGUUAGUUUGGCUUGGGCUCGGGAUAGCAAGGCCCUGUUUUAUACAGUCUCAGAUGAGGGACAACGUCCUAACAGGGUUUUCUGUAAAAAACUACGAUCAAAAUAUGUAGAUGAUGAGCCAAUAUAUACAGAAUGUGAUCCUAGCGUUUGUGUGGACAUAACAAGCACCAAGGAUGGCAAGUUUAUAACUGUGAAUUCAAAUUCAAGGACUUCAUCUGAGGAAGGAAUCUACUGAUUUCAUUCCCUUCUUUUCUAAUUUUAGAUUACAAAUAAUAGUUUCUCAUGGUAAUGCUUAUACCCUAUGCUUAUUUUACAGGUUUACAUAAUAGAUGCAACCAAUCCUAUGAGUGGUUUGCGAAGAAUACAUAAACGUGUUUCUGGAGUACGGUAUUUUUUGGAACAUCACUCUGAAUUUUUUUACAUUCUUACAAAUGCUUCCUUAAGUGGACAUAUGGAUUCCUUCAGAGAAGGUUAUUUAUUGGCUAGAUGCCGAGUUGAGGAUAUACAAUUAAACAAUUGGCAGGUCUGGUUCUUCUUUUCUUUAUAUUGUUUGGCAUAUAAUAAUUAUGGAUUCCUUAGGUCUUGUCAAGUUGUCAUUAUUACUCUUCUUCUUUUAACCUUUGUUUCUGUAGAAAUAAUUCAAGGUUCACCAUCAUGUGAUCAAGCAUCAUUAAAUUUAACAUAUUUCC